AUGGGUCCAACCACCGGGCAUCCGGAGUCUGAUUCAGGAUCCAUUUCUGGGUUUGCUAUCAGUUUCUCUACUUAUAGCAACAAGAACGGCUUUUGCCCACUGCAGCUGGCUACAUCAGAUUGCAGAGUGUGUGAAGAUACUAGAGGGUCAGAUGAAUGUGGCUCGGAUCUACAGUGUGAAGAUGAUGCCAAGUGCUGCUUCGAUGGAUGCAGUAGAAAAUGUACAGGGCCAGCAAAGAAUCCAAUCAUGUUAAGAACCGCUGUUUUGUUGGUCGAUGAGCCCUGGAAUGAUAAAUACUAUUCAGCUGAGAAUGAAGACACAAUCGGUCUGAAUAACAAGUAUAAAAAUAUUCUGGAGAAUCUGAUGACUCAUCUUGGUGAUAAAGUGAAAACUACCUCUCCAAAAUUUGAUCUGAGCAUGUCUUCCGAAACUGACAACAUCGAGUUGAGAUUUGAUUUUGCGUCCUUUGUUCCGGAUGACGAAAUGAACACUAUGAUUGGCAGAUACUUUGAAGAGAAUGUCAUGAACAUAAAACCCUUAUAUACUGAAUACAUCAAAGAUGGAGAAAUAAGUAUUGAGCUGGAGAAAGAGGGGACUUGUCCGAGGUUUUCGUUCGAGCUCAGCACCGGAUACCACCAGCAGUGUUGCGAUGAUUUCUCGUGCAAUGAUGACAAGAAGUGCUGCAAGUUUUCAAGUUUUCAGCAAAACUGUGUCACACCUUUUGCAGGAAACCUGGCAAAUUGUGAUGAUCCAGAAGUACUUAAAGAUGCAUUGGAAUCAUGUCAGUUAAAUUUGGCGGAAUUGACCGUGUAUGAGUGUUCGGAACUGUAUGGAACUAAGAUGAAAUGUGUGCUUGCCUUCUUUAACAAGGAUCGUACGGAAUUCACACAGUGUAUUAUGGGAGAUUUGAGACUUGCAAUCAACAGUACCAUACCGAAGGAAUCCAAUACAAUAGCAGCUAGAGCAAAGAUUUUCGAUUGUAGAUUGUUAGAGGUGGCAAUUACUGUAGAACUUCCCGAAUGUGACAAAACCAUUCCUGCAUUUACAGAAUAUCAAACUAGACUUGAAAAUGCUCUUGCAAAAUUGGCUAACUUUGAGAAAAAACAGGAGUAUUGCAGAUAUCAAAAGUUCCGCACUAUUGGACGUUUCUAUACCGACGAAGAUGUUUACACCAUAGAAAACAAUAUCUAUAAUGACUUAAAUACUAUUGUUAGAAGAAAGCGAGAGUCAGAUGACAACAAUUUUUUGAAAGCAAAUAUAAGAGUCACAAAUGUGGAUCAACAAGGAAUCGACUGGUGUAAUAAUGAAGAGUUGUCAAAGAAUUUCGGGCUAAAAUGUUUAACGGAUGCAGCGCGCUGGAGUGAUCAAGAAUACAGGAAAUGCGGAUUUGUUUUUGAUUUCUUCGAAUGUGUGGAAAACAAAUUCAGAAAGAUUCAAAAUCGUGAUACCUCUUAUGACUGUGAAAUGUCGGAUGACAUGCUAAAGGACUCUGUGAUACCAUAUAUCGAGACUGAAAUGGAAAAUAUGGAUGUAAAUCAGAGAAAUCUUGAUAAACUGAAGAUGUAUGAUUCGGACAAAUGCCCGGAUUAUGAUACAGAUGUGAACCCCUGUUUUGAUGAUGACAUGAGAGAAGAAGCUUACAAUCAAUGUCAGUCUCAAUUUCCAUUCCCAAAUACGCUGGAUAUUUCGGAUUCUAAAAAUUGCAGAAAAUUCUAUGAUCUAUCAUUCUGUAUGGCAACAAAGUUACGAGACAAUGGAGCGCGAUGUGGUUUCCAAGACAUAGAUGAACACUUGAUGAAUAAAUUAAUGGAUGACCGCACAGAAGUGUCCAACGGUCCAAGAUAUUUUAACAACUGGAUUUGUGCUGAACACAAACCAGUAUGUAGUGCGAACAACAUAAUUGACAGCGUACAUGGUGAUUGUAUGAGACAUGAUUAUUAUGCUGGUCCCUUUACCUGCAGUGACGAGAAAGGAAGAAUGAAGUUCAGAAAGCUAGUAUCAUGCCUUGCCAUAGAUGGUUUGUUCAAGAAAGAGGUUGAUUGUACAGUAUCGAGGAUCAUGGAGAUGAUUAAGAUGGACAAAUACAAUUUAGGCCUCAUCAAUUCAACUACUGGCAUUGAUAUGUGCCUCUCAGAUGAUGAACAAUCUAACCUAGAACUUGAACUGAAAUUAGGUGAAAAUCUUUGUUCUUCUGGAACAUUCGUUCAGUACAUCGCAUCCAAUUGUUUGAUGAGGAAUGAUAACGGAGAUGUAGAACAUCGUUGUUCCUAUAGAGAUGAUGAAGAUUCUGAUGAUUCAACAGCUUCCUGCAGCUAUCUUAAACAAGUCAUGUCAUGUGCAAAGAGGAAUAUCUCAGAAUCAGUUGGUGUUGAAUGCAGAUUGGUUGACCUAGUAAACACAGACAUAUCUGUAGACAACAUGCCCGAAAUAUCUAAUUCUGAUAAAGAGAUGUGUGUAGACAAACUUGGGAAUUCCAAAUGUAUACAAGAUGACUUGACGGAUAACUAUCACGCUGCCCUACGUUGUGUGAAGGCUGCAAACUUCAGCUCUAGUAUAUUUUUGGAGGAUGAUUUGUCCGGAGAAGAUGCACGAUUAUGCAGAAUAUUGGAUUAUUCAUUGAUCUGCUUGAGGUCGCUGAUCUCUGAGACAUGUACAGACUUUGAUGAGAACGACCUAUACAUGGAAUUUACUAGCUUAAUGGAAUACCUUGAACUGGACAGAAGCAUGCGAGAAUGUGUUGAUUAUAAAAUGCCAGCCACAUUUCAGACUUGUAAAGCUUUAUCAAGUGUGCUAUCAACAGAGAAUGAUUGCCAAAAUGCAGAUUUUGUAACGGAUGUUGUGAUUGGUAACUGUGGCAGACAAUUUAAAAGUCUGAACAUUGGUGAAAACAAAUGUUUAGGCUAUCCAGGUUUACUGAGCUGUGGAAUUGAAGGUACCAAAAUGUUCCUCACUUCGAAGGAUGAUACGGGAAAAGAUGGGAUGGGAUGUGAAAGAGAUCAAAUCAUUUCUGCCUUACAAUCGAAAUCUCAAAGAGUUGCAGAUUUUCUGUCAUUGAAUCCAAAUGAUUGUCAAGGUGACUGUUAUGAGGAUAUUGAGCCAGUUUUGGUGAAAUGUAUAAACAUGACACUUGGUCUGAGCUCUAGAAUGAACUUAACAUACAACAGUUGGCGGAACAGUUGCAGGGCAUACAAGUAUAUGUACCAAUGUGUAGAUCUAGAAAAACCAGGGUGUGAUAUGAAUCUGAAGAAGACUGCCUUAGAUACAGCAAUAAGCAGACAUGAAUCAGAGGGCUUGUACAGAAACUGUAUAGAUCCAUCAUCAUUGGCAAAGUUGGAUAUGUGCAAGAAUAUGACAGAUCUGAUGGAGGUAUCAGCCGGGCAAUGUGGACGAUAUAUACAUGCCUUGCUUAACACAACAGCUAGUCUCCAAUCACCAGGCAAAUGCCUAAACCAGACAGAUCUUACAUCAUGCAUGAAACAUUUCUUGGAAGCCUACAUGGAACAAGAACAACCUGAACAGGAUAUAUGUGGAGAAGAGACAGACUCUGUUAUUGGAAGAGCUGCCAUGAUCUAUAUUCGCAACCGAUUCAGAUAUGAUACUGGCGCCAUGGAAAUGAAUUUGGAAACUUUAAAGACUUGUUUUGGUUUUACGGACAGGGAAGGACAUUGUCCAUAUAUAGACAUAACAAGUUCUUACUCCGAAGGCCCUGUUACAUGUGCCAUUGAUGAUGACUGCAAGGAUAGCGAACAUAAAUGCUGCUUUGAUGGUCCAACAUUUACUUGCAGGCCACCCACCACAAUUAAAGAAAAAUUCGCAGUGGCACUACAGCUUUUGAAUGUUGAAUGGAAGGAGGAGUAUAAUAGUAUGGAUGAUCCAGAAACCGAAACCAUGAUUGCUCAACAUCUUCAAUGGAUUGAGGAAAUUUGUGAAGAAAAGGGAUGGUCUUGCGGAGAAUAUUAUCUAUCCCCAAAUAAAAACAAGAGAAGGAAAAGGCAAGCAGAGCAGUUGUCAUGGACAAACCUGAAUUUUGUAGUACAGUCAGUAAAUAAUCCACUUAUGAUAUUUAGAAGGGCAAUACAAAUGGAGGGAAAAGAGAACACCUACAAAGCAUCUUCCUUCCUUAUACAUCGGGAAUCUCCUGGCAUAUGUCCUCCACAUAAUUAUAACUCCUGCAAUGCCACCGAGAAUCGACCAUACUGUGGCAAUGAUCAGUCAUGCAGGGCUCGGCUAGGAGCCGGCUACAAAUGCUGUGAUAAUUGCGGAAAUUAUUGUACGAAGAUAGGAGAUCCAGAUGUAUGUUAUCCAAUCUACUCACAAGUGAAUGUGUCCUGUGCUGAUGAAUGGAAACACGACUUCAGUGACAUAUCAACCGAUGGACAAUGGACUAUAGAUCAGUGCAGGAAUCUGGAUAGCAUUGCACAUUGUUUGAACGGGAAAGACAGUGAAAAGAAAUGCAGUUUUAUGUACUUUAAAGAGCAAGCAUUUAAUGACAUUGUUAUGAGUAUGGACAAUAAUUACGAUUAUAACUUCCCUAAAAGCUGUACCGAAGAUGAAGGUCCCACGUAUUGUGAAGAUACUGAUAUCGUAUACAAAAGUGUUGUAGACAAAUGUGUUGGCAUGAUUUAUGAAAUUUUCAAUGCUGAGGAGAUGUCUCUAGAAAAAUGCGGGGUAUAUAAAGAAUUUAAAGACUGUAUCAAGGAGGAUUUGUCCACAUGUGAUCAAUGGUCACUUGAUAAUCUCAUUGAUGACAGGAUUUAUGAAAUUUUCAACCGUUUAAAAGAGGACGGGAAGUUAGAUGAUGAAUAUGAACCUUUAGAUGCUGAUACCUGUAAAAGUAAUGUAUGCUGGUCAGAUGUACAUGUUCUCAAUGCAACAAUGGUAAAUUGUAUGGGAGAUUUGAAAGCACUUUCAGGAGUGUCAUCAAUGAGCACCGAUGAUUGUAUGAAAGUGUUUUCAUUGACAAAAUGCAUCACUGAUGCCCUUUAUCAGAGAGUCUGGCGUAAAUGUGACAGUGAAGAUAUUGAGACUGUAUUUGAGAAAGUCAGACAUUCAGAACGAUUUCAGAUGUUAGCAAGGAAUAAUUCCCUGGAUUUAUCAAACCUAGAUAUCAAAAUGUGUGAAGCAAAAGUUUGCCAUCCGAAGCAAUUGACAAGAUUUGCAGAAACCAACUGCAGUAAAGCUUUUGAAGCAUACAUGAAAGAUGGAUACUGUUUUCACGUUGAAAUGUUUGCGGGUUGUGCCAAAUUCCAAAGAUUGUUCAGUGAGGAGUCAUGUACAAUUAAGGAAAUCAUAUUUGUGUUGAAAAAAUGGGGAGGAGAAAUUAUUAAAAAGUUAGAUAAAGAUGAUACACUUGAAAAUCCGGAUGACAGGAAGUUCGAAAGUUGUGCAGGUGAUGAGGAGUUGGAAACAUUUGAGAACAAUUUCCCAAAAUCAAGCAGCGACAUCUGCUCCUAUUAUGGUGUCAACCAUUACAAUUUCAGAUACAAUUGCUUGUCAAAUGUAAAGUCGACAUUCCUGAAAAAUGAUGAACAAUGCAUAUACAAAGAAUAUUCAACAGGGUGUUUGUAUGAAUCAAUGAAGGACUUUGGCUGUACAUUUGAUAAUGCGAAGACAGCCAUUGCAAACCCACAAGUAUUGAUGGGAAUGUUUAGUGACAAUUUGGAUUGUGAUGCAGUUUUAGAGGGGCUAAAUGAUUGUGACAAACAUAUAUUGUACAUUGGUAGAGGUCCUACAGAUCAUUGUUUAAUGCCCAUCACAGGCUUCACAAAUUACAGGGUUUAUGGACUUGAUGUUAAUGUUGAUGAUCAAAAGACUGUAAAUGAAGACAAACUUUUAAAAUGCAGCUUACUGGAGGACGCAGCUGCUUGUUUUGAAAAGAAGACACCUUACACUGGUAGUGGAGUUUGUAACGCAGCUUCAUUUAAGAAAAUAAUUAACUAUGAAGUUAGAUUGUACCAAGAAGUAGUUAAGCGUACAUUAAGUCCAGAUGGUGAAGAAAACUUUGUACCAGUUGAUUUUGACGAGUGUACUAUACCUGGUGACUUGGACAUAAACUUUGGAGAAUGCCCUGAAGAUAAUGUUAUUGCAGAUCUAUUAGUGGCUGUCUGUGCUCCAAGAUUUAUGAUCGUACAGUUGCUAUAUCCACAAACAUCAACGUGCAUAUAUUCAUUUGCUGUAACAGAAUGUUAUGAAAACUCUCAUAUUGCAAGACUUGAAAAAUGUAGCAAUGAGAGGAAGAAGAAUGCAUUAAUGACCAAUGAUGAUUAUAUGUCUUCGCUCAGUAACGGAUUCAGCUUUGAGAAAUGCUUUGGUUAUACAAGCUGUCUUGAGAAAUUUAGCCAGAACACUGACUGCCUUUAUAAGUACAUUUCCCUACAUCUUAUUGCUGACCAGAUGACUGCCAGUCAGAAGUGCACAAUGUUGACUUACUAUAGAGAACAGACAAUAAAAUGCUAUGGAGAGAGAAUUCCUACUUGUGGUAAACACGCAAAUGAAUAUUUAUCAGCAUUUGUGGAUACUAGAGAUGAAAUAAUGAAAACCUUCCCUGAUCGUGAACAAUGUAAACAAACAUACAUGGUUGGAUUAGGACUGCCUAAUGAACCUUAUAAUGAAGAUUAUGCUGAUAAAAAUAGUGAUGCCUUCAAGAAUUUGAUAACCAGGGUUGAGGCUAUGCUAAAUGCAUUGUUUAAAGAAAAUGGCUAUGACUACCAAGUAGCUGGUGCUUCUCAAAUUGAUCCAAAUAGAAAGAAAAGACAAGCUGAUCCUGAUGGAAAUACUGAAGAAAUACUGACUUUGCUUCAUCUCUUGGUAACUUCAAGUGGAAACCCAGCACAGAAUAUCGAAGAAAUACUUGAUAACAGUCCUAACCUUCGCGAAGCAUUCCAAUUUAUGUCAUCUCAGUUACAAGAGUCAAGUAUAGAUUUAUGUGAUGCAAAAGAACAGUUUGGCAUCAUGGAAUGUGGCUGGGAGAUGCUAGACCAAGAUAGAUCAGACUUGAAUUGUCGGUUAAGAAGAUGUUUUGCUAGUCUUAAAUUGCCAGAGGAAUGUAAAGAUGAAGACAGACAAGACCUUGCGGAACGAGUUAUCCUAGAGACAUAUGCCUAUACUAUAGGGUCUUGUGAAGAAUUUUCUCCAUCACCUUGUGGUAUGAACUACUUCCAUACAGCCUCUACUGAUUCAUGUGAUGAGAGUUGGUCAGCUUAUAUGGAGACUAAAGAGUGCAAGGAAUACCAAGAUUUUGUAAGCUGUAUCGGUUUCAUGGCCGUUUUAAAAGGAGAAUUUUGUGAACCUCUAUCCAUACACAAGAACAUUGCUGAAGAUGUACAAAAGUAUAAUUUAUCCCAAGAAACUACCUGCAUUGACAGCUUGCAAGACUUAAAGGUGGCUUACAGUAAAGAAGACAUAUGUAUGAAUGGACUUUCUAAUGCAUAUUUGCUAAAAUACUUCUGUUUAAAUGACGAAUACUUUACCACUGUAAACACAGAGCAAAGAUGCAUGAUGGAGAUAAAGAUGCAGCAUUGUAUGUUUACCUUGACUUCUCAUCUUGCUGCUUGCCAUAAUUUCACAAAAACAACCGAGGCAUUUAAAUCUGAAGAGGUACAAAACAUCCUGAACAAUCCAGAACAUCAAUGUGAACUGACCUGUCAAAGAUAUAUGAUGUUAAACAUGGGAGCAGCUAUUAAAAAGACCUGCUUACAUAAUCCAAGAAGUAUUUUGUACCUAAGUAAUCUUCCAGAUAUUCCUGUAUAUGGCGAUCAGGAUCAUUCUUUCCCAUGCAUGGUAUAUUUGGACGCAGCAUACUGCAGUCAUAUGGUAUAUGAGGACAUGUCUACUGGUGGUCAAUAUUGCACCGAAGACGAAUUCAGUGAUGUUUUAAAACAAAAUUUACCUGAUUUGAUAGAAAUCAUGGUCAAAGAUGGCCAGUUAAUGGGUAUGCCAGAACCAUCAUAUUCUGUCGAGGAAAUUUAUCCUCAAUGCAAUGACAAAAUAUUCCCAUUACCUGAACCUGGAAACUGUUUGGAUGGUGACCAGAUGGUGAAUACAUUAACGGCUUCAUGUGCAGUUUAUGCUGAAGGUUCCCUUGGUGGAGCAACAUCUUUCUCUGACAAAUGCAGAGCACUAAGUUCCUGUGUUGAUGGAAUAAUAGACUGGUACAAAAUGCACCCAGUCUGUCCAGGUUACAUAGAAGCCUUCAUGCAGAACCAAAAGAACCCAGCAUAUGCUGAACACUUUGAAAAUAUAACCGGACUAGACUGGUUAGAAUGUGAUUCUGAUGAGGAAGAUGAAGAUGACUGUGUUCAGAUAUUUAACGAAAACGAAGAUUGCUCAAUACAAUACCGGUCUCUAUAUCUCAUUUCGGACAAGAUGACCGAUAGUCAGAAGUGCACAAUGUUAACUCACUACCGAGCAAAGACAAUGAAAUGUUUUGAAGAGAAAAGUCCAGUUUGUGGUAAACAUGCGAAUGAAUACAUAUCGGACCUAGUUGAUACGAGAGACGAAAUAACAAAAGCCUUCCCUGAUCGUGAUCAAUGUACAAAAACAUACGAGGUUGCAUUAGGUCUUCGUAAAGAACCUUAUAAUGAAGAUUAUGCUGACGAAAAUAGUGAUGCCUCCAAGAACUUGAUUGCCAGGGUUGAGCCUUUGCUUGAUGCAUUGUUGAGUAAUAAUGGUUAUGAUUACAAAGUAACUGGGGCUACUCAAAUGGUACCCAGAAGGAAGAAACGACAAACUGAUCCUGAUGGAAAUAAUGAAGAAAUACUGACUUUGCUUCAUCUCUUGAUAACUUCGAGUGAAAACCCAGCACAGGAUAUCAGAGAAAUACUUGAUAACAAUCCUAACCUUCAGGAAGCAUUCCAAUUUAUAUCAUCUCAGUUACAAGAAGCAAGUAUAGAUUUAUGUGAUGCAAAGGAGCUAUUUGGCAUCAUGGAAUGUGGCUGGUCAAUGCUUGAACCGGACCAUCCAGAUUUGAACUGUCGGUUAAGAGGAUGUUUUGCUAGUCUCAAAUUGCCGGAGGAAUGUAAAGAUGAAGACAGACAAGACCUUGCAGAAAGAGUUAUCAAAGAAACAUAUGGUUAUACUAUUGGAUCUUGUGAAGAAUUUUCUCCAUCACCUUGUGGUGUGAACUAUUUCCAUACAGCCUCUACUGAUACAUGUGAAGAGAGUUGGUUAGCUUAUAUGGAGACUAAAGAGUGCAAGGAAUACCAAGAUUUUGUAAGCUGUAUCAGUUUUAUGGGCGUUUUAAGAGGAGAAUUUUGUGAACCUCUAUCUAUACACAAGAACAUGGUUCUAGAACUACAACAGACAUAUAAUAUAUCAGUAGACCCUACCUGCAUUGCUAGCUUGCAAGACUUAAAGGUGGCUAACAGUAAAAAAGACAUAUGUGUGAAUGGACUUUCUAAUGCAUAUUUGUUGAAAUACUUCUGUUUGAAUGAGGAAUACUUUACCACAGAAAACACAGAUGAAAAAUGCAUGAUGGAGAUAAAGAUGCAGCAUUGUAUGUUUACCUUGACUUCUCAUCUUGCUGGUUGCUAUAAUUUCACAAAUACAACUAGGGCAUUUAAAUCUGAAGAGGUACAAAACAUCCUGAACAAUCCAGAACAUCAAUGUGAACCAACCUGUCAAAGACAUAUGAUGUUGGGCAUUGGACCAGCUAUUAAAAAGACCUGCUUACAUAAUCCAAGAAGUAUUUUGUACCUGAGUAAUCUUCAUGAAAUUCCUGUAUAUGGCGAUCAGGAGUAUUCUUUCCCAUGCAUGGUAUAUUUGGACGCUGCAUACUGCAGUCAUAUGGUAUAUGAGGACAUGUCUACUGGUGGUCAAUAUUGCAAGGAAGGAGAAUUCAGUGAUGUUUUAAAACAAAAUUUACCUGAUUUGAUAGAAAUCAUGGUCAAAGACGGCCAGUUAAUGGGUAUGCCUGAACCAUCAAAUUCUGUCAAGGAAGUUUAUCCUCAAUGCAAUGACAAAAUAUUCCCAUUACCUGAACCAGGAAACUGUUUGGAUGGUGACCAGAUGGUUAAUACAUUAACUGCUUCAUGUGCAGUUUAUGCUGAAGGUUCCCUUGGUGGAGCAACAUCUUUCUCUGACAAAUGCAGAGCACUGAGUUCCUGUGUUGAUGGAAUAAUAGACUGGUACAAAAUGCAUCCAGUCUGUCCAGGUUACAUAGAAGCCUUCAUGCAGAACCAAAAGAACCCAGCAUAUGCUGAACACUUCGAAAAUAUAACCGGACUAAACUGGUUAAAAUGUGAUUCUGAUGAUGAACAUGAUAAAGAUGAUGAGAGUCUAGGUACAUGUCCCGACAUUAUUGAGGAUGAUGAUUGUACGUCACAAUGCGAAAUGGACUCAGAUUGUCAUGGUCGGAUAUGCUGUGAAAAUUCAUGCAAUGUUGGAAAGUGUGUUGAUCCAACAGAUAGCAAUAAAUUGAUAAAUAAAGUAUAUAGGGUUAUAUUUGAAUUGCUACAGAAAGCUUUUAAUGAAGAUUAUAAAGACAUGAAGAGUGAUGCAUCUAGGAAAUUGAUAGAAGAAUUAACACCUUUGCUCAAUCAGAUAUUUAUGGGUAAAGAAUGGAUGAUUGAACGUUUUUUCUCCACUCUUGAUGCUCAAAGACGGAAAAGGCAACUACCAGACGGACCCGGUAACACACUUGUAGAAGUAAGUGCCACAUCCCAUGAGGACAUUGAUACAGUUGUAAGAGAUGCUUUUGCCAAAGAUGAGACACUGUCGGAAACCCUCAGUUUCCGAUCAUCAAAAUCCGAAGUGGACUGUUCUGCUACCUCAUGUUUGCGGGUCGAGUGUGACAGACAUGAAGAAAGCUACACUCCAGAUGAUGCAUGCUGUCCGCAAUGUAGACCAGUACCUUCCCCAUGCACACCAGAGUAUUUUGAGAGAGCCACCGGGGAAAAAUGCAAUCCAAUAUGGAUGAAGUACACACAAUCCAAAGGUUGCUUGGACUAUGCAGCUUUUGUCAGCUGUGUAUGGUACCAGGCUUUUGCACGAAACAUUUCUUGUGACCUUACACAAGCUAAUGCAGCUGUCAGAGAUAAGACAUUAGAAAGUCAGUUGCCAGCUGAAUUUUGUAAAACUGAAGCUGAAGGAUUUACAUUUGAAUUGGUCAAAAAUGCUCUUCCAAAGACGAGACAAGGAGUUUGUGAAAAUGUGUUUAUCAACAGGAUACUGAUGUUCUAUUAUUGCCGUGAUACAGAACAAUAUGAUGCUAUAGAUACUCCACGAGAGAAAUGUUUCAUGGAGUUUGGUAUAAGGAAAUGUGUAAAUGAUAUUGUAUACGCUGACUUCGAAUGUGACAUCACUUCUACAAAUAAUAUCUUCCAAAAUGAAGAGUUGAGGGAUGGACUUGUAAUCAGCAAACCAGAGUUGGAUUGUGAUGCAGAUUACACAUGUGCUAAAUACCUAAUGACGGAUGCUAGUGAACAAUUAAAUGAUGGUUGUAUUGGCUUAGCCAGUAAUGUCCUUCAUUUGGAGAAUACACCAGAUCUAUUUGUGGGAGAUAAACAAUUCAAAUGCUUGACCUACAAAUAUACUGUGGAAUGUGUAAACAAGGAUCUCAAAUCAGAUGAGGAAUUUAGUGACACCUGUUCUCCUGAUGAUGUCCAUGCACCAUUGUUUGGAUUGAUCAACAUGGACACCACCUCAGAUGAAGAAAGAGAGCCCUUCCAUAAAGUGGACAUAUUUUCUGAGUGUAUAGAUACAUUAACAAUUGGAGAGCUUGGGGAUUGUCCAGAACAAGGUGAAGAGUUGAUUACCAUAGUAACAGCAGCCUGUGCAAGUGAUGUUAAUGAAGCCAUGGACAGGGAUUAUUCUUUGGCUUCCGGAUGCAGAGCAUUACAUGAAUGUCACAGAGGAAUUUCAGAAUGGUACAAAAUGAGAUCUAUGUGCGUAGAUUCAGAAACAAGUAUAGAAGAAAGACUGCAAAUUAAUUCUGAAAGUGAAGACUUUAUUACUGUGUUUGAAAGUGCUACUAGUUUAGAUACAGGAUUAUGCAAAGCUGAUAAAACAUUUAAAACCUAUGAGGUGACAUUACUCUUACCCAAUCGUGUAUACCAAGAAGGAUUUGAAGACAUGUCAAGCGUUGCAAGCUCAAAAUUUAUGGAUGAAAUUCGCCCACUGCUUGCAAAAUUGUUUGGAGGCAGAAAGUUCACGAUUAUGAAAUUGUUACAUCGUCUUAGAGAUAAAAGACAAGAUGAUCAGACAGGUACAGACAACAAUGGUGUUAUCAUUUUGACAGAGGUAUCAGCAAUGGAAUUAUCCAGACCCUUACUUGAAGAAACUGCCAAGAGCAUAGAAGAUGAAGUUGUUGAAAUUUUAUCCAUUUAUCCAAUUUAUUGGCCAUGCAGUGAUGAUGACACAGUAUAUAACUGUUUUAUGAAUCCAUGUGAUGGCAAAGUUUGUGAGAAAUACCAAGAUGCACGUUGUGUGAGCAAUUAUUGUAAUGGUUGUAAUGCAUAUUUCUUUGAUAACAACGGGAAAGAUGUUACUGAAAUGUGCACAGUUGAAGUGAGACCAGGUCACUGUCCUUCCUUUGAAAAAGAUGAAGUUUCAACAUGUCAAGUAGAAUGUUCCACAGAUGAUGGUUGUCAUGACAACAGGAAAUGUUGUAAUGCUCCUUGUGGUAUGGGACAGUGUUUAGCUCCUGUUUGGAUGUAUAAAAUAGACCUUGAGCUUCUGGGUAAAACAUUCAUGCCAGAUUACCGCAACGAAAGUAGUGACACCUACAAGACUUUGGUCAUGGAGCUUGAACCUAUGCUUGAUGAUAUCAUGAAUAUUGAUGGUGUCGGCUACAGAAUUGUAGGCUUCUCUCCGAUGGAGACAGACAGAGUGAGGAGGCAAACUGAACCUGACACUGCAAAUACAUUACUACACAUGGUGGUGGAAGCAGAAGAAGACCCUAAUAAAAUGAUACAUGCCAACAUUGAAAAUGACGCAAACCUUAGAGAAAACUUCAGACUGCUUGGAUAUGUAGAUGAAUGUGCAUUAGUUGAUUGUAUGGAUCUAACUUGUACAAACCAGUUCACACCAGAUGGAGAAUGUUGUCCUAUGUGUGGAGAAAACUGUACAGAAGUUACUUGUGAGGAUAUCAGUGAAGAAUGUCCCAAGGAAUUAAUAUCUAGAAGACCGGGAGCAUGCUGUGAUGAAUGUGGACCAGGUAUUUUCUUCUGGACUUAA